AUGUUGCGAUUUUCUUUUUUUCGACGAGCUUUCAGGGAAUGGUAUAACUUAGUCAAGCUUCAAGAACAAGAUGCAGAACUUCAAAGCUCAGAUUCCGAUUCAGAAGAUACUGAUAGUGAUGAAGCGGCCGAGCUUUCAGCUGCUGUGAAGAGAAAGAAGCUGAAGCUGCUAAGGGAGCUUAAAACCCACAAUGGCCUCAAAAUUCACGACCCGAAAUAUUCGAAACCCGAAUUACUAUUCGAUGUGCGAGUGUCGAUCAAUGCAAGCCACCGGCAAGAAAACGUCCCGUUUGUCCAUCUCAGGAGUCAACUCGGAGGUCAACCAAUCGUGGGGUACCCUGUGGAAAUCCAAGUGCUGAAAAACAAGCUUUCGAAAACAUUAUGCUGUAGAAGGGAAAACAGUGAGUUUGAUCGGCUCGUUUGGAAAACGGGCAAGAGGACGCCCGUUUACUAUGUCAUGAAAGAUAGAACUGCCGGUGGUGGCUCGGUAAUGCCAGCUGGCAGGAAUGGGGAAAAGCUCGAUAAGGGAAAACAGUCGAGCAGUCGAAGUUGUGUGCGUGUGGAGCUCGUUUUUGGGAAGUUACUAGCGGCUAUCGUCUGA